GUCUGCGCUCAAUGAGCGGGGGGUACUUAUUCUUUAUUAUUGUUAUAGGGGUAUUUAAAAACAUGCCCUCACUGGCGCCGGAGCCGCUGAGAUUAUUUGAUGCGAUUCUGAAGAGAAGCAGCCGUGUCUGCAAUACCUGAACUAAUAAAUAUCGAGUCUCGCAAGUCUCCCAAGAGACGGCGAGAACCAACUUCCAGUCCCGGCUGCUGAUCCCUGGAAGCGCCGGGCCCCUUCCGCCUGAAACCUGUAAUUACGAAUUCCCAACUCCGGACAACUGCGCGUUUUAUUUUUAUUGCUGGUGCCGCCGCCGUUCUGUGAAGACUGCCGAGAGAACAACUUUAUUUCGCGAAACAAUACGAGCGAGAGGACGACAGAUGAGAUGCACUGCUACGUUAUCCGUGCUCUGCUAGACCCCGAUAUCCAGACUGGUCCCAGCUGGGUCACAUGUCGGGACUUCAGAUGACUGAAUUGUGCUCCAGCUUUCAGUUCCUCACAUAAAGGAUGCUGCGGAUGUCGGAGAUUUAAGCUGCAGUCAGAGGCUCGCUGGGAGUUUUGAAGGGUGAUCCGUCGAUAGCCGCCAUUGUUUCACCUGCGCUUUGAAGUUGCUCGCCCUGACUGUCGUAACAUGUCUAGCAGACAUCAAGAAGAAAACCAAAAGCCCGAUGCCUUGGACAGAAGCAGCAGUGAGGACGCACAGCCCCCCGUCACAGAGAGAAGGAACAAGAGUGGUAUAAUUAGCGAACCUUUGAGUAAAAGUCUUAAGAAGUCUCGCACGCUGUCUCAGUAUUCCACGGCGGGCAGCUCGGGGUCUGUGAAUGGACUGCUGCAGAAUGGCAUGGCGGCGGGCACCGGGGGCGAGGCUAAGAGCAACACUACCUCCUCAGCGCACAAAACCGCCUCCCAGCCUUCCAACAAGGCCGACAGGCCGUCGGAAACAGGUUCCGAAGGACAGAACGGUCUGAAUUUCGCUCAGACGGCCGAGCUCCUCAAGAGGGCAGGGGUGGAGCACGUCCUGCUGCCGAACGAGCAGGGGCCCAGCAUCAGCGACAUCGAGGCAGUGUCUGCCACGGAGGCCAUGAGCAGCCCCGCUGACUUUCCUUACAUGGGCGGCUUUCCUUUCAAUCCCGGCCUGUUCAUCAUGACGCCUGCUGGGGUCUUCCUGGCAGACAGCGCGCUGCACAUGGCCAGCUUGGCAGAGUACCCCAUGCAGAAUGAGUUGGCAUCUGCCAUUAAUUCGGGGAAAAAGAAAAGGAAAAGAUGUGGGAUGUGCCCUCCCUGCCGCAGGCGGAUAAACUGCGAGCAGUGCAGCAGUUGUCGGAACCGAAAAACGGGCCACCAGAUUUGUAAAUUCCGAAAAUGCGAGGAACUUAAAAAGAAGCCUUCUGCGGCCCUGGAGAAGGUGAUGUUGCCGACAGGAGCGGCCUUCCGAUGGUUCCAGUAGGAGGAACGAACCCCAAAGCUCUGUCAUCAAGUGCAAUGCCACCUGCUUGCUUGUAUUGUUUCGGGCAAGGAUAUUUGGCUGAAAAAUUAAUGGAUGCACCUACUUUUCCUGAACCAAAAAUAAACAUAAAAGUCUAUGGCAACUUUCAUUCCUUUUCUAUGUUCCAUUUGGUACCUUUUGUCCUUUUCCAGCAGUUUUCAGUGAUUUUUGACAUGGAUCUGUUCAUUGCCAAACAGAAAUGACGGACUGUGUGGACAAUCAACUAAUUUCUGUGUUUGGUGUUUUUGUCGUUUAUGUGUGGAAAGAUACAGUACUUGUGUAGAGAAUGUAAAUUUACAGCUAUAUUUUAAAACUAGUGGCUAAUGACAAGCACUAUUGUAAUUUAGCUCCAUUGUUCUUUACUUACCAUGUUCUGUAUUUUUGAUUGGUUUCUUUUUUGUUACGUCAUAAAUCUAUAGUUUUGAAAUUGCUCAAUGUUUGUUAUUAAAAGAAAAAAACAAGGUAAAGAUGUAGAAUCCUGUUUUCUGAUAAAAGGUAAAAGGAACUACUACUAGUUUCACAGCAUCGCUGUGCUUGCCCAACACGAAGCCCUGCUCUUGGGAAGAGUUGCUGGAAGCUCCUGGCUACCCAAUGUUUUUCUUUUGUGAAACUGGCAGCCUUAUUUAGUUUAUUGCGUCAGAAACAAGGGUUUUACUGUUGUUCUCCGUCAAUUUGAUAAAUAUUGACAGAUACAAGAAUUGCAUACCGUACUGCUGAGGUUCUGUAGCAGCUAAAGCACUGAGAUUUUAUUUUCAUGAGGUUAGCAGAUCUACAUCUUUAACAACAGUGAUGUUUGUAUUAAUUUAGCAAUUUGGGCUGGUUUUGUGAAUAAAAAUGAAUGCAUGUACUUGUGUCAAGAUUUACAGUUUUGAAGUCUAUGUCUACUUUUGCAUGGUGUAUUUUUUAAAUACAGUGCUUCAUUCUGUUAAAAAAAACUGCAGUAUGAAAAAAAGUCUUGGAAAUUUCAAAUUUGUUCCUUUUUUAUUUUGUAAUUUUUUAAAGGAUUUCUGGUUCCGCUUCAGGUUUCAUGUCACAUCCAUGAACUAACUGAAGUGAUAAAUACGGUAUCGGAAUAUGUAAUAAUGACAUUUCAAUGAUAUUUCUUUGGGUGCUUACUAUAAUUUUAUAUUUUAAUAAUAUUAAAAGAAAUGUGAAAAUAGAUAGGAUGUUUAAAUAAUGUGAGAGUGAUUGCAAUUUAAUUUCUAUAAAAUAAAAAUUUGUUGCAAAAAGCAUGACAUAAAAGGAACUGUUUUUUGCAACUAAUCUUAAAAUAGUUUCUGUUGUGUCAGUGAGCAUUUUAAGACAUGUAAGGCGGUUCUGUCUUUUUCAGGGUUUUGCAGUUGUAGCAUUCUCAAACAGUUUAACCUGUAAAACCACACAAAGGAGAAUUUGAAUGGAACAUUUGGGUGUUCAUUUGCACCUGGUAUUUGACCUGCGCUUUUUAAUGGCUAUAUUUUCAUCAUGAAAUUCUCUCUCAAAGCAUAAGGAAGACCCUGCAGGACACUGGUGGGCUUCUUCCAUUCCCACCUGUACAUCAGCGCCAAUGGCACCACUCUCAGCCUCCUGAGGGAUUGUGGGAAUUCGGCCCUAUGUCUGUCUAAGACAAAGCUAGCGCGCACCAAUGUGUUUGUGCCUGCUCGGGUUUGUGUUCAGUGUUUUGCCAUAACUGUUGAAUGUCAAGGCUGUUCACUCUCAUAUGACAGGGCUCUGAACGUGUGCAUGUGAGGUGCAGGUUCCUUUCUAAGGAAGCAGAGCUCUUAUAAAGUGCAAAGUCAGAACGAGAAAAGUACCAUAAGAUUAACUAGGAAUCUAAUCUAUUUAUUAGAGGAGAAAAAUUUAUUAAUAUGUUCUGACCUCUGGUGCAACAGCAAUUUUAAAUUUGAAAUGAGUUAUACUUUGUAUUGUGGUGUUGCCAUGAAUAGAGAUCAUUGUAGAAACUGAUGCUGCCUUCGUUUUCCUGAUAUGUUGUGUAACCAGCAAUCUUCAAGAUGUCACAAAGCUAGGCACCAGAGAUGACAUGACGACUGCAGUGGAAGAGACCCCAAAGGAUUGGGUCCAUAUACUAAUUUAAGGAAAAUGAAAGAAAACACAAUGUGGUGUGAUAAGAUUUAAAAAAAUAAUAAUCUUGUAGCAGAUAAUAUGCGUAAGCAACUCAUCAAAAUGGACAUUUUGGACUAAAGUCAGUAAUUCCACACAAGAGAGGAAAUGGCAGGACAGUACAAUUGAGUGUUGUGACUGCAGCUUUCAGCUUUGGUCCCUUUAUUCAUAAAAAGGACAUUGUUUCACUUGUCAGGAGCAGGGUAACCCCAAGCAAGACAACUCGUCAUAAGCAAAGAAAGGGUAAAGGCGCUGAGCCAAUCGGUACGAAAAACACUCACAACGAGAUUGGAUAAGAAAAGCUUUCUUCCCUCCAGAAGAUGGCGAGUUCUUGGAAUUAAGCCGAAUACUGGGACACAGGCGGUGGUGUUCUUACGAUACUGCCCGGACACCCUUGGUUCAGGACUGUGGGCACCUGAGAAAGGAUUCUUCCCUUUUCCUGAACUGUUCUGUGUUCAUAUAGAGGACGAGCUGCAUCCAGCCAGGAACCGGCCUGACCUGCAGGGACCCGAACCUGUCAAUUUCGGGAGUAUCUAGAAUUUGUGAAAAGGGUGAACUACAAAAAAGAAAUAGAAAUGUACUAUAAACAGGUAAAGUCUCAAGUAAGUCCUUUUUUGAAUGUUAAAAUAUUUUUUACCAGAUGUACUAAGAACAUCUUGUUAAGAUCGGAAGCUACUGCAUUAGUAUUAACCUAUGAUUAGGUUAUGAGUAGACAUUGAGUUUGAGAGUGCUGUGUAUAAUAAACAUCUCACAAACACAGGAACAAAAUCUCACACAAUAUAUAUCAAACUUAUAUGCAAAAACUGGAAAGACCAAGUACCGCAUUGGCAUUGACAAUGUUUUUUAACAGUGCAAGAUUUGAAAAUACAACUUUCCCUGUUUGCUCA